UACAGUUAUUUUUUGUUUGCUAUACUCUUUUUAAAUUAGGAGUUUUGUAUAUUUUUUUGUGGUAUAAUAUGAAUAUUUUGCCACCGAUUAAGUGUGGUAGACACUUCUUGUUGACAUAUUUUUUCUAAUUUUCAGAAAUCUUUACAAUUGUGUAUAAUUUACUAUCAUGUUGAGGCGAACAUUUAAUCCUGCAAAAAAAGUCAAACACGCAAUCAUCAGGUUAUCAUCUACAAUGCUAAACGAAGUUGUCAUUGUCAGUGCAUCUCGUACACCUGUAGGCUCGUUUCAAAGCUCUCUAUCACCAUUAUCAGCAACUCAACUUGGAUCAGUUGCAAUUGCAUCAGCUGUGAAGAAAGCAGGUAUAUCAGUGAAGGAUGUCCAAGAAGUCUACAUGGGAAAUGUCAUACAAGCUGCAUUAGGGCAGGCUCCUGCUCGACAAGCUGCUCUUGGAGCUGGUUUAUUGGAGAGCACCCCUUGUACUACUGUAAAUAAAGUAUGUGCAUCUGGUAUGAAAGCCAUAAUGCUUGCCUCCCAAUCAUUGAUGUGUGGCCACCAAGAAGUAAUGGUUGCUGGUGGAAUGGAGAGCAUGUCAAAUGCACCAUUUGUCAUGCCCCGCAGCCCACCUGCUUAUGGUGGUGUACAUCUUCUAGAUCUUAUUGUAAAAGAUGGCCUUACAGAUGCAUAUGGUAAAAUUCACAUGGGAAUAUGUGGUGAGAAUACUGCUUCUAAGUUCUCCAUAAGCAGAGAGCAACAAGAUGAAUAUGCAAUAUUGUCAUAUCAGAAGAGUGCAAAAGCAAACGCUGAAGGAAGAUUUAAAGAUGAAGUCACUGAAGUUACUAUUCCAGGACAAAGAGGAAAGCCGGAUCUUGUUGUUACUGAAGAUGAAGAAUUUAAAAAAGUGAAUUUUGAGAAGAUUCCAAAUCUUCGUCCAGUUUUUCAGUCAAGUAAUGGAACGAUAACUGCAGGCAAUGCAAGUACUUUAAAUGAUGGAGCUGCUGCUGUUGUUUUAAUGACUGGUAAAUCUGCUAAAAAGUGUGGAGUGAAACCUCUUGCUCGUAUUCUUGGAUUUGCAGAUGCUGCUCUUGCUCCAAUUGACUUUCCAAUUGUACCAGCAUAUGCAAUUCCAAAAGCACUAGCCGCUGCUGGUGUCACUAAAGAUCAGAUUGCUCUUUGGGAAAUUAACGAGGCUUUUAGCGUAGUUGCCCUAGCAAAUAUUAAAUUACUGGAAAUUGAUUCAACCACAGUCAACGUUGAUGGUGGAGCUGUUUCACUUGGUCAUCCAAUUGGAAUGUCUGGUGCAAGAAUUGUUGGGCACCUUGCAUAUCGUCUCGAACCAGGACAGCUUGGUUGUGCAGGAAUCUGUAAUGGUGGUGGUGGAGCCAGUGCCAUUGUUAUUCAAAAAUUAUAGUGUUUAUAAAAAUCCUAUGAUGUGUAAAACUGAUAAAUUUUGUCAGCAUUGGAUUUAUUAUUAUAUAUUUUGAUAUUAUUUUCCACUGCGAAGGUUGCCUACCAAGUAAAUUUAUUGCAAAGUUGAGAUAAUAAGUAGCCUAGUUUCUGUGUCUGAUUUUAGAGUUUUACAAGUAUGACCACACUUCAUUGUUUCGUAAUAAUUUGUUUUAUACUUAACGAUACAUAACCUUCUGUUUAUGUAACUAUGUAAAAAUGUAACUGGCUACAG